AUGUCAAACUCCAGAUCAAAAGCAACCUCUUCCUCCUCAAAAUCCGUCGUCGCCGUAGAAAAUGCACAACAACGCCUCCAACGCCUACACGACACGACCAAGCUGUACUACUCGCACGGCCGAACCCCCGCUCGUCCGACAUCCAAGACCGAGUUGGACGUACUGAAGGAACAUCAUCGGUCAGUAUGGGAACGCGUAUUGGACGUUGAAUUCUUUGAAAGCGCCGGUCCUGACCUUCCAUCAUUUCCCGAACAGCUUCAUCCGCUCGGACCAAUCCUCUUCCGGUGGUGGUGGUGCCCCUCCCAUGUCUUGGGAAGACCAACUAGCCGAAAAAUACUACCAAUCCCUCUUUCGCGAAUUCGCCCUGGUCGAGCUCAAGCAUUACAAAACGGGGGCGGUACGUCCGGGAACGCGUUCAAAUCGACCUGCUGUAGAGAUCGCACACGGGCUCAUGUAUCCAUUCCCACACUGCAUCGCAGAUCGCUCUGCGCUGGAGGACAGAAGAGGAAGUCAUCUCGGGGAUUGGGAACCUCACCUGCGCUGCUUUACGUUGCGAAUACCAUCAACCCGACCCCACCUUGAGCAACGACUUGACCUCCUUCGACCCCGACGCAGAAGGAGAAGAGCUUCCCCUCGUCUCCACGCGCUUGACUGAACAAGAAACGUGGUUCGGGUACAUGGAGGAGGGUAUCAAAAAGAGUGCGUUGGUCAAGGUCGUACUGUGUAAGAGAUGCGGCAGGAAGUUGAAGAAGGGGAGAGAGGUGGCCAAGAGGAUGAGAGAAGGGACCAGCGCGGGGGCGGAGGAGGCGAGCUGUAGCGCAAAAGACAGGGGCGAACGGCAAGAUCACAUAGACGAUGACGAAGACGACGAGGAAGAUUUCGCGCCCAAGCUACCUCCGGAUUUGGAAAAGGGUCGAAGUAGGUCAAACUCGGGAAGGCGAGAGAAUCUGCCCUCUUCACGCUCUAGACACCGCCGGCGAUCCGCGUCGCCCGAAUCUCGUCGCAGAUGA